AUGGGUGAUUCCUCCAUGGAUACAGACUUGUUUUCAUUGACAUAUGACCCUCUACAGCAUUUGAACUCAAUCUUUCAAGAUUCAUCAUCAUUGGCUGACUUACCAGAGUUGUUACUGUACACCAAUGAUUAUGGCACAAGGUUGACUAAACUUAUACAGGAUGAUCAAGUUAGAUAUAAUGAAUUUGUGGACACCUUGGGGAAAGAGGCCGAGAAAGAGAUUGUACUGGCAGAAGAACAGCUGGAAUCCGAAAUUGAUGACAAUGUAAAUGAUCGGGAUGACAAUGGAGACUCCAAUGAUUCUGUAUUAUCUUUUGCCCAAUUGAAUUUGGAAAUCAAUUCUUUAUUGACGGACCUAUAUUCCACUAGAACCAUUGCCACGAACACCGAAUCAUCGAUCACGAAGAUGACAUCUACGAUCCAGAAAUUAGAUCAAAGUAAAAAGAACUUAGUGCUUUCCAUGACGGUUCUCAAGAGAUUGCAAAUGUUAUUGAGCGCAUAUAAUCAAUUGGUGGAGCUUGUUGAUAAUGGUGACAAAACAAAGGGGAAGUUGAAGAAUUAUGGAGAGAUACUAAAUUUGUUUUCGGUAGUCAUAGAACUUAAUAAUCAUUUCAAGAGUUAUAAGUCGAUUGAUGAAAUCAAUCAGUUAUCCAGAAACAUUCACGCUUUGAAAAUUGACGUGACUAGUUCAAUUUUCAAUGAUUUUGACCAAGUCGUCAAUAACGCCAACAAAAUCGACGGUGACAACUUGACAAAAGCAUGCAAUAUACUAGAUAUCUUGGGGGACCUGUACCGACUCAAAUUGGUUAAUUGGUUUUGCGAUACUGAGCUAAAAGAAAUUAGAUCCAUCUUUGGAAAUUUGAAAGAUGAGGCUGGUGCAUUGGAAAAUGUCUCAAGGAGAUAUUUGUUCUUUAAGAAAUUGUUAAAAAACUAUGAUGACCAAUUCAAGAAAAUCUUUCCGUUAAAUUGGGAAGUGGACAAAGAGUUGGCGUCGAAGUUUUGUGAAUUUAACCAAUCUAAUAUUUCUCAAGCUUUAACUACUAGUGGUGACUUGUCAGGUACUGAUGGAGGGGAAAACACCAAUAUAAAUGUUGAAUCAGUGGUUGAAAGUUUGACAAGCACCCUUGAAUUUGAGAACUUCUUGACUAAUUAUUUCACCAAGAAGAACAAAUUAUUGAUGCAACGCCAUCCGGAGUUAGUCUUGAUGAAACCAGUCGAAUAUCACAAAACUAUAUCAGUAUCGUUUGAGCCUUUCUUGAAGUUUUGGUUAAAAAAUCAAGAACUGACGUUGAAUGCUAAGUUCUUGGAAUUCGCAACUCCCGGGAAUUAUAAAUCAAAUGCCAACAAACCAGAAAAUGCCAAUGGUAACGAUGAGAGCGAAGAAUUGAGCAAUGUUUUCCCAUCGUCUGCUGAUUUGUUUAGAGUCUACAAGAGUAUUUUAUCCCAGCUUAUAAAACUAUCUAAUGGUGAAAUCAUGAUUGACUUGGUGAUCUUCUUCAAUAAUUUCCUUGUACGGUAUUCCAAUGAUAUUCUCCGCCCUUUGAUUCCUCAGAAUAAUGAUUAUCUAGUCAACAGCUCUGUUGCCGAGUCAAUAAAAUACCUUAGUUUAAUCAUCAACACCAGCGAUUAUAUCCACCUGACAAUCGAUCAACUUGAGGAAAUGUUACAGUCCUUGAUCAAACCAGAAUAUAAAGAAAAGUUACAGCAAACCUUAGAAAACACGUUUGGGAGAACCAAGGAGCUCUUCAUGGUCAACAUCAACGAAUGUUUGAUGAAAAUCUUGUCUAAGAUUGAACUAGACAGUGAGUUAAAUUUCCGGGAGAUGUUGAACACUAAUUGGAGGAUCCUUAAUGAGGUUAGUGGCGCCAGUCGUUACGCUGGGAACUUGGUGAAGACUUUGAGUGAAGAUUUGCAAUUGAGUUUAUCGGGGAUCAAUAAAAGUGCAUAUAUUAGAAACUUGCUCGAUAAAUUAAUUGAUUUAAUAAUUGAUAAGUUUUUAAUCAAUUUGGUAAAAUUGAAGCCUAUAAAUGAUAAAAUUCCAUCCCAAAUUCUACUUGACUUAUCAUUACUCAAAAAUUUCUUUAAAAGGUUGCCAUUCAUGGCUAAUGGUAAAAAUGAAGGAAAUCAGAAUGGAAUUGGAACGUUGCAUCUGUCAUCGCUGACAGCUGAAGUUGACCAAAUCUUGGCCACGGAAGCCGUGAUGACGAAUGAUUCUGGAGUCGCCAAAGAUUCCACUUCUAACGCUAGUGAUUCUGGACCAACAAAGAAAUACAAUUUCAAUAUCAGCAAAUCCUAUCUUAAUCGUAUGAAUUCUCAAUUUUUGAAACUUGAACAGCUCUUAAAGGUUCUCAUGGUUAACAGCCGUGAUUAUUCUAACUUGAUCAAUAACUAUCUUAUGAUUGUGCAAGACACAAAUUUUGAAAAUUUCAUCAAAGUAUUGAUCCUCAAAGGGGUGAUUAGCCAGCCUAAACCAAUCCAUUCUGGUGAGAAAAAAGAGUUGUUGAAGUAUAAGGAAAUCUUCCAAAAGAAUAUGAUAGAGUUGAAUAUUUCCCAGGACGAGAAUUCUGUCAAUCAUUUCAUGACAAGCCUCAAUGUUGAUGCUAAUCAUCUUCCUCAAAUGAUUGUCUCUAGCCCAAACAGCUCUGGUAAUCAAAAUAAUAAUGCAGUUGCAUUCAAUAAGUUUAUGACCAGUCCUCCAACUGCGUCUUUGAAGAAUUUUGUCCAGAGCAGCCCAAUAAUGUCGGGCUCUUUGCAAUCAUUAUCUCCAAAUUUGAAUAAUUUGAACUUUUCUUUCAAGAGCAACAGCAGUUCAUCUUCGCCUAAUUUAAUCAACAAGGAGAACUUGGAAAAAAACUUGAAGAACAAUUUGGGGAAAUUCUUCAACAGAAACAGUGAGAGUUGA